CUACCAGUGCUCUACUAUAUCCCCACACAGUAGUACUCGUGUUGUGUUUUGACUCGUUUUUAUUGAAGAGACAAAUAAAUAAUUGCAAAAUAAAAAGUCUUGAGAUAUAUAUAAGUAAAGUGUGUUUUUUGUGACCACAAGACUAUCAUCUCUAAUAAAACUGGACGACAGAGCUAUGAGCGAUGAAGACAAAGAUGUCGACAUUGAAAGUGAUGACGAAGACCUAUGUUCUUCGGCAUCAAUCAGUGGUGACAACAGUCGCAACAAUACAUUCUCUCAAGCAGACAAGAGGGCGCACCACAAUGCGCUGGAGAGGAAGCGUCGCGAUCACAUAAAGGACAGCUUCAGUAGCCUAAGAGAUGCCGUUCCCUCACUUAAUGGUGAAAAGGCAUCCCGGGCACAGAUACUGAAAAAGGCUGCCGAAUAUAUAUCAUAUAUGCGACGCAAGAAUACGACAGUCCAGGCGGACAUCGAUGACCUAAAGAGACAAAAUAAAGUUCUCGAAGAACAAAUAGUGCGCACUCUAGAGAAGGCUAAGAGCGCUGGUAUUACCGAUUUAGGUCUUAACGGUACAUCCAUUUUGGACAAUACAAAUCAUACGAAGAUCGAGAGCGAGUCAGUCUCAUCGCUGGAUGGUAUGUCUGAUUAAUAACAGAGCAAACCAUUCAUUGCAUACACACAAACAACAACAUACCUGUCGUGACCACCACUUACUCUCAGUCAACAGAUUUUAUAAAUAAUUAAAAUAAUAAAAAAAAGAGAAAAAAUAAUGUAAAAUAAGAUGUGUUUUUAUAUACACAAAACAACACACAGACCUGAUGUAUGAUAUAUAU